AUGUUGCAAGUGGAGGGGAUCCCGGUCCAGUUCCUAGUUGACACCGGGGCACAACACUCAGUUCUGGUCAAGCCCCAUGGAAAAGUAUCUGAAAAAUCAUCCUGGGUACAAGAGGCCACCAGAAUAAAAAAGUACCCUUGGACAACUCAAAGGACUGUAGACUUAAGGACUGGGAAGGUAACCCACUCCUUCCUGGUCAUUCCCGACAGCCCCUGCCCCCUGUUGGGGAGGGAUUUGCUUACCAAAAUGGGGGCCCAAAUUCAUUUCCAACCGGGAGGACCCACAGUGACUGACUUUCACAACCAACCCAUAUCUGUACUCACUGUGAGACUGGAAGAUGAAUACAGGCUACAUCAGAAACCCACUCCUCUGGAUCAGGGUAUCGAGCCCUGGCUUCAACGCUUCCCAGACACGUGGGCAGAAACGGGUGGUAUGGGGCUAGCAAAACAUCGCCCAGCCCUAUUUAUAGAGGUCAAGCCUGGGACGGACCCCGUCCGCGUGCGCCAAUACCCUAUGCCCGCGGAAGCCAAAAAUGGCAUCACACCGCAUAUCUGCCGCCUCCUUGACUUCGGGGUCCUACGCACCUGCCACUCAGCAUGGAAUACCCCCCUGCUGCCCGUGCGCAAACCCGACAGCGGGGAAUACAGACCAGUGCAGGACCUGAGAGAAGUCAAUAAGCGGGUGAUGGACAUACAUCCAACCGUUCCUAACUCCUAUACUCUCUUGAGCGCCCUCAGCCCAGAAAAACAAUGGUAUACUGUUCUGGAUCUGAAAGAUGCUUUUUUCAGCCUACCACUAGCGCCUAAAAGUCAAGAGCUAUUUGCAUUCGAGUGGACAGAUCCAGACAGGGGCAUAAAUGGCCAACUCACCUGGACCAGACUACCAGGAUUCAAAAACUCUCCGACCCUGUUCGACGAGGCUCUACACGAAGAUUUGAGUAGACAACACCCAAAUAUAACUCUCCUGCAGUAUGUUGAUGAUCUCUUGAUAGCUGCCGAGACGCCCAAAACCUGCAUCCAGGGAACCGAAGGUCUCCUGCGAACUCUGGGAACCUUAGAUUACCGCGCCUCAGCAAAAAAGGCUCAGAUCUGCAAGUCAGAGGUAACUUACCUGGGUUACUUACUGAAAGGGGGGCAACGCUGGCUAACGGAUGCCCGGAAGGAAACCGUCCUUCGUAUUCCCAGACCGCAGACACCACGACAGGUGAGGGAAUUCCUGGGGUCAGCUGGGUUCUGCAGACUAUGGAUACCAAGGUUUGCUGAACUAGCAAAACCCUUAUACCAGGCAACAAAAGAUCACCAGCCCUUUAGUUGGACGGAAGAAGCCGAACAGGCCUUCCAGCAAAUCAAAACUGCCCUGCUAUCAGUACCUGCCUUGGGACUCCCCGAUGUUUCCAAACCCUUCCACCUAUAUGUAGAUGAGAGCCGGGGCAUAGCUAAGGUGGUGCUAACCCAACAUUUGGGGCCCUGGCACAGGCCAGUCGCUUCUAAGAAGUUAGAUCCAGUGGCCGCCGGAUGGCCACCCUGUCUCCGGAUCAUUGCAGCCACUGCCCUGAUGGUAAAAGACGCUGAUAAGUUGACCAUGGGCCAAGAACUACAAGUCACCACCCCGCACGCCAUCGGAGGCAUCCUCAAACAGCCGCCUGACCGAUGGCUGAGCAAUGCCCGACUCACUCAUUACCAGGGACUGCUACUGAACCCCCACAAGAUCAUCUUCACCCCCCCCCCGACGGCCCUGAACCCAGCAUCACUGCUGCCAGAUCCAGACAUGGGGACCCCACUUCAUGACUGCAGUGACAUACUGGCACAGGUUUAUGGGAAUCGAGAGGACUUGCAGGAUCAGCCAUUAUCAGACGCAGACGCCAUCUGGUUUACCGAUGGAAGCAGCUUCGUUCACCAAGGACAAAGGUAUGCGGGGGCGGCCAUGACUUCAGAGACCGAGGUGGUGUGGGCAGAAGCUCUACCCCCCGGAACCUCAGCCCAGAAGGCUGAGCUAAUAGCCUUAACCCAGGCCCUAAAGUUAGGAAGAGAUCGCAAGCUAACCGUAUACACUGAUAGCCGAUAUGUUUUUGCCACCGCUCAUGUACAUGGGGCGAUACACAGAGAACGGGGGCUCCUCAUGGCUGAAGGAAAAGACAUCAAAAAUAAAGAAGAGAUUCUAGCCCUACUAGCAGCCAUAUGGGAACCCAAAAAGCUAGCAAUUGUGCAUUGCCCAGGACAUCAGAAGACAACCGACCCAGUUUCCCAGGGCAACAAUUUGGCCGAUCGGACUGCAAAAAACAUAGCUCGGCCCCCAGCGCAAUUACUGACCCUACAGCUGCCAGAUCCCGGACCCCGGGAAUUGCCCCCCAAGAAGCUAGGAUGGCAGGUUCUAGAGCGGAUCCAUCACAGCACCCACCUAGGUUCCCGGCGAAUGUUAGAUUUAAUGAGACAGAGUGGACUGAGAAUCAAAAAUGUCUCCGAUAAGGUUGAUCAAGUAGUCACUAAAUGUACUGUGUGCCAACUCAACAAUGCGAGUAGUAAUCCUCAGACAUCAGGGGCAAGACAAAGAGGGAGCAGACUGGGGACCUAUUGGGAAGUAGAUUUCACUGAGGUAAAACCAGGAAAAUAUGGAUAUAAGUAUUUGCUAGUUUUUGUAGAUACCUUUUCAGGAUGGACCGAAGCCUUUCCAACCAAGAAUGAAACGGCGUAGAUUGUAGCCAAAAAGAUCCUGGAAGAAAUCCUGCCCAGGUAUGGUUUUCCAGUAAUGAUAGGGUCAGACAAUGGACCUGCAUUCGUCUCUAAGGUAAGUCAGGGACUGGCUUCCAUACUUGGGGUUGAUUGGAAGUUACAUUGUGCAUACCGACCCCAAAGUUCAGGGCAGGUAGAAAGAAUGAACAGAACAUUAAAAGAGACCCUAACCAAAUUGACCAUGGAGACUGGUGCUAAGUGGGUAGUCCUUCUCCCCUACGCUCUGUUCAGGGUGCAUAACUCCCCAUACAAACUGGGACUCACACCCUAUGAAAUAAUGCAUGGUAGACCACCCCCCAUCAUCCCUAACCUAAAAGAUGACCUUGUCAAAACUGAGAACGAUAAUGGUCUUGAACUCUUGCUCUCCCUACAAGCCUUGCAGAGGGUCCAUGAAGAUGUAUGGCCCAAAUUAAAAGAACUUUAUGAGACUGGAGCCCCACCUAUUCCUCAUCAAUUCUGACCCGGGGAUUGGGUCCUCGUCAAACGUCAUCGGCAGAGACUCGAACCCAGGUGGAAAGGACCCUUCCAGGUCAUCCUGACAACGCCUACGGCCAUCAAAGUAGACAGAAUCGCCGCCUGGAUCCAUUACACCCACGCCAAACCGGUGGACCCGUUCUCAGACCUCAUCGGACCCUCAAAGACAACCUGGACUGUUGACCGGACUAAGGACAAUCCUUUAAAAUUGACCCUACGCCACCAACGGACUAAACCGUAA